UAAUGCUUUGUGCUUUCUAUUUUGUUUCUUCAUAAAUCAUUUAACUAGUCUUGCUGCUCAAUUGUACAGUUUUAGAGCAAUCAAUCAUAAGAGAAAUGGUAGUUGGGGGGCAACGGUAUACUGUCUACUUUCUUGCUACCUUUCUAGCUCUGUUAAAAACAUCAUUGCUUCUAGCAAAUGGUGAACCUUUUGAUCAUCAAUCAAUGACGAGACCUCCAGUCUCUUGGACGAACAACGGCUCAGACUCUAGUUGGGACUCAAAUGGGUUGACACUGAAACCUCUCUUGGUCAAUGGGGAUUUUGUUUGUGGCUUCCACUGCAUAGUUGAAGAAAACAACACCUGCCUCUUUGCUAUCUCCAUCUUCAAUUUCACUUCUAUCCCUCACAUAGAUUCACAAAUCGUAUGGGCAGCUAAUCGAAACAAUCCAGUUGGACAUGGGGCACAAUUGCAACUUUCCCAACAAGGGGAUUUAACGCUCCAAAAUGUUGAUAGCACUCUGAUUUGGUCUACAAACACAACAGGUAAAUCUGUCUCGGGUUUGAAGUUAACUGAUCAGGGUAACCUUAUGCUGUUUGAUGGAAACAAUGAUUUGAUUUGGCAGUCUUUUGAUCAUCCAACAGACUCUUUAGUUCUCGGACAGAGACUAGUUUCUGGGCAGAAAUUGGUGGCAAGUAUGUCUGACACAAAUUGGAGUGAGGGUUUAUAUUCAUUUUCAAUUGAUAAUAAUGGUUAUUUUGUUGCUUCUGUGGAGUUAGAUGCUACCAUAGUGUAUUACAAAUCUAACGAGUCUCAAUUAAGAAGCCAAACGGGGCAGUUUUAUGCUGAGCUCACCAACACAAGUUUCGGUGUUGGUCUUUCUCCAAGAUCUGGAGUUAGUUUUAUACAAUUGGGCUCCGAUGGGCACUUUUUGUGCUUCUCCUCGACUGGAGGAUAUUGGCUGGUGGAUGAUUUGUUUAAGAACCAAUUCCAUGAAUGUGAUUAUCCACUGGUAUGCGGAAACUAUGGAAUUUGUUCGACACAAGGAUGUAGUUGCCCAACGUACUUCAAGCAGAGAUAUUCUUUACAGGCAAGUCCUAUGUGCGCUCCAUAUAUUCCAAUAUCGUGUGAGUCUCCUUACCAGCACAGCCUUCUUGAGCUCAAGAAUGUUGAUUAUGUCCCCGGAGUUGAUUAUCACAUAGCAGACACCGAAAGCUGCAAGCAAGCUUGUUUAAAGAACUGUUCUUGUAAGUAUGUUGUGUUCCAACAUAAUAGUAAUUCCUCAUCAUCUGGAAGGUGCUUUUUAAGAUCUGAAGCUUUUUCAUUCAAGAGAGUGAAUUCACAUAACUAUCAAUCUGUGUUCCUAAAGGUGCAUAGUUCAAGUGUGAAGCCUCCCUUCUCUUACACUAACAUCAUCUCAGACUUUAGUUGGGAAUCAAAAGAGUUGAUACUGGAUCCCAUCUUUGUCAAUAGGAAUUUUGUUUGUGGCUUCCACUGCAAAUUAGAAGAAAACAACACCUGCCUCUUUGCUAUCUCUACCUUCCACUUUGAUUUCAACUACUAUACAAAUUUAAAAAUGGUAUGGUCUGCUAAUCGAAACAAUCCUGUUGGAGGUGGGGCAACAUUGCAGCUUUCCCAGCAAGGAGAUCUAACACUGCAAGAUGUUGAUGGCACUCCGGUUUGGUCUACCAAAACAGCAGGUAAAUCUGUUUCUGGAUUGAAGUUAACUAAUAAAGGUAACCUUCUGUUGUUUGAUGGAAACAAUAAGACGGUUUGGCAGUCUUUUGAUCAUCCAACAGACUGUUUAACUUUCGGACAGACUUUAGUUUCUGGACAGAAAUUGAAGUCAAAUUUCUCAGCCACAGAAUGGAGGGAGGGUUUAUUUUCAUUCUUAAUUGACAAUCGUGGUUUUGUUGUUGCUUCUGCGGAGUCAGAUGCUAACCUAGUCUAUUAUCGUUCCGAUGGGCUUGCAUUAGAAAGCGAAACAGGGUCGUUUUAUGUUGAAUUCACUAAAACAAGUCUUGGUUUUGGCCUUUCUCCAGUAUCGGACGAUAUUGUUAUACAAUUAGGAUCUGAUGGGCACUUAAGGUCCUUUGAAUGGGAAGAAUCAGAAUGGAAGGAAGUCGAUUUGUUUGAGAACCAACUCGAUAGAUGUGAUUACCCACUGGCAUGUGGAAAAUAUGGAAUUUGUUCAGCUGGAGGAUGCAGUUGCCCAGAACCAGAUGACAACGAAACACGGCACUUCAAGCCGAUUAAUCUUGAUCAGCCAGAUCUUGGGUGUUCUCCAUCUGUGCCAUUAACAUCUUGUAAGUCUCGUCUUCUUGAGAUCAAUAAUGUUUCUUGCUCCACUCUCUUGCAGCCAGAUAAUUCUUAUAUAACAGACAUAGAGAGCUGCAAGCAAACUUGUUUAAACAACUGUUCUUGCAAGUAUGCGGCCUUUCGAAGUAAUGGUUCUAACUCAUCAUCUGGCUGGUGCUCGUUUGGAUCUGAAGCUUUGUCAUUUAAAAGAGAAGUGGAUAGAUAUUACAAUCCAUCUGUGUUUUUAAAGUUGAGUUUUUCAACUGAAUAUAUUCCACAAAGGGAUCUUCCAUCACCUAGAAAGAGAAGAUGGAAUGCAGGAGUAAUACUUGGAUCCACUCUUGGAGCCACUUUUAGUGUGCUUCUUAUCUGCACUUUCCUUCUGCUACAAAUUAAAAAGGAUCCGAAGGAUGUUGAGGAGGAUUAUCUGGGCCACAUCUCAGGAACAUCAACAAGAUUCUCUUAUGAAGAGUUGAAGGAUAUAACCAACAACUUCAGCAACAAGCUUGGUGAGGGAGGAUUCGGUUGUGUUUUUCAAGGAACAUUACCUAGUAGUACUCAAGUUGCUGUAAAGUGCCUUGAUGGUUUUGGUCCUGUAAAGAAGUCAUUUAUAGCUGAGGUUGAGACCAUAGGAAGCAUUCACCAUUUCAAUUUAGUAGGAUUGGUCGGGUUUUGUGCUGAGAAAGUACGCAUGCUUUUGGUUUAUGAAAGGAAGAUGAUUGUAGACAUAGCCAAGGGACUAGCAUAUCUCCAUGAAGGAUGCAGGCAGAAAAUAAUUCACUUGGAUAUCAAACCCCAAAACAUCCUCUUGGAUGAAAAUUUCAAUGCCAAGGUUUCUGAUUUUGGGUUGUCUAAGCUAGUAGGGAGAGAGCAAAGCCAAGUUGUGACAACAAUGAGGGGAACACCGGGUUAUAUGGCCCCUGAAUGGUUGAACUCGGUAAUUACAGAAAAAGUAGAUGUAUAUAGCUUUGGCAUUGUUGUUCUGGAAAUUUUAUGUGGCAGAAAAAAUGUUGAUAGAUCCCAGCCAGAAGAGGAUGUCCAUUUGGUAAGCCUUUUUAAGAGAAAGGUUGAGGAUGGUCAACUUCUGGACCUAGUGGAUAAGUACAAUGAGAAGAUGCAAUCACAUGCGACAGAGGUUGUGGAGAUGAUGAAAGUUGCUGCAUGUUGUUUGCAAGUUGAAUAUGGUAGGAGGCCAUCAAUGUCCAUCGUGGUGAAUUUCUUAGAGGGCAAAAUGGAUGAUGAAAACAAAUAUGAUUUCUCAAAUCCACCAGCACCAGCUGAAGCGGAAACUCUCGGACACCAAACUGAUACAGCUACAUUGAUUCCAUCUGUUUUAUCUGGUCCAAGGUGAUGAUAUGGAAGAGAGGACAUAAAGAUGUACUGCAACGGUAAUUGAGUAAGACCUUGACUGACCGCCCGCCCCCAAUUAGCAGGUCCUGUUGCGAAGGGUGACUCUGAAAAGCUAAGUCCUUUCCCUGUGUUUUCUUAUUUUUUAUUUUUUAUUUUUAUUUUUUAUUCUAGGCCCAUUGCAAAUUUGUCAAUUUUCUUUUAACAGAGAUUAGUUGAAGUGUUUUACAUUUUAAUUUAUCUCAAUCUCCAAUGCUUUGUUUUUAUUUAUACUACUAGUCACUUCAAAUUUGUGUUGCAACUCUAAUAUUUUAAUUCUAGGUAAAUAAUCUGGACUUUUAUAU